AUGCCGAUAACCAACGAAUUUACAGGAUCCUCGCUCCUGGAGGAUGAGGCGGUGGUGCUGAAGGAUUACGUCAUUGGCCAGCGCCUUGGAGAGGGUAGCUUUGGUUCCGUCUACCAUGUGACGUACGUGCCAUCGGGUGAGAAAUUCGCACUGAAGAUUCUGCAGAAUGACUGCUUCUUCGGAUGUGAAUCACGGAUUAUACAGGAGGCAACUGUUAUGCAGUCGCUGGAGCAUCCAUAUGUGGUGAAGCUGUACAAGUUUCUGCAGAGCACCUCAUCAUUUUACUUUGUGCUGGAGUUGGCGGAGGGGGGUGAGCUGUUUGAUCUUAUUAUCUCCGAAACGUACUUCUCGGAGGAGAAUGCGCGGCGGUACUUUCAGCAGCUUAUCUCCGCCAUUGACUACUGCCACGGAAAGGGUGUGGCACACGGCGAUUUAAAGGCAGAAAACCUGCUGCUUGGGAAGAACAAGAACUUGCUUGUGUGCGACUUUGGCUUUUCCAGCCGGCCGGAGCUUGAGGAGCUUCACGACGAUGACACGAGUGAGCAGGCGGUGAAUCUGCGUCCGAUUGGGACGCUGCACUACAACUCCCCCGAGGCAAUCUCCGACCCAGAAAGUCCUGCUGCGCAGGAUCCCUUUCUGCAGGACCUAUGGAGUGCGGGGGUCAUUCUGUUUUUCAUGCUCACCGGUCGUCUACCUUUUGACGGUCGUAGCGACGAGGAGACACUACGCCUUAUUCAAAGAGGAACGCUCAGCUUUCAGGAGGAGGAGGAGCAGCGUCUCACUCCAAGCGCCAGGUCAAUUUUGCUCUCGAUGCUCGGGCGCGAGCCCACCGAUCGUCCAACGCUGCAGCAAAUCAUUGAGGAUGAGUGGUUUGGUGAGAGCUUUGAUGCCGCUCUUUUUCCUCACCGCAAGUUCCUCAAGCGGUCCGUCACGUUCCUUGACUUUUCAAAGCAACACCGCGUGACCCGCGAGGAGGAGGACGCGUUGAGGGCGGCGUUUGACAAAAUCGCUAUCGACGGCUACGAAAACAUUACUCGGGACGAAAUACGGGACAUGCUCGCCACCUUGCACGGGAGCCAAGUAGAAGCGGAGGUUGUGUCGGAGCUUAUGCAGCUUCUCACCGGAGACGCCAAGAGUAAAUUUGUGACGUAUGGGCAGUUUCGUGACGCGUGGGUCAACAAGGGCCUCGGGAAGCGGAGCUUUCGGGCGCAGAACGACUUUCAGUUGUUGAAAAUUAUGGACGCGCAGACGGUGGACGCGGAGAAGAAGGAGGUGCGGCAGUUGCGCUCUGCCUUUGACAGCGUGGAUGUUUUGCACACCGGCGCGAUCACGGUGGAGCAGUGCGAGCGGCUGUUUGAGCGCUGUAAUAUUAGUGCGACUGCGGAAGACAUCCAGAGCCUAAUGCGCUUCUUUGACGAGCCUAACUACUCCGGUGGCAGAGGCAUUACGUUUGAUAAGUUUGUGAAGGGAGUGAUGAAGCGGGAGGUGCUCGUGCGGCACCCGAUGGGGAAAAAACUUGCUGACGCUACAAACCUGUCAGAGAUGCGGCAGUUGCAUAACGAGAACGAGUGUGUGAAUCAUGGUUUUUUUGUUGCCGGGGAGCAAGACGCCAUUGCAGAGAAGUUGCGUAGCUGUCAAGAGCGUCUUAUGCCGAUACUCAUUGACGACGUUGCAUCCAAGACGGAGACUGUGCACUCGUUUCGUUAUCGUGGCUCCGCCGCAAUGGAAACCGGCAUCACCAUGGAGUUCGCCAUGCGCUCGUUGCCGGCCUCUGCCAAUGAGGCGGGGACGACGUUAGGGAUGGACCCCUUCAUCGAGGCGUUAGCGCUCGGCACCCCACUGGCCCGUGGCUCGGGUCCCCCCUCACUGUCGAAGUCGCUUCCACGAAACUCAUUCCUUGGCACUCCCAACGGGAAGCACAAAACCAACGGUUUGUCCACGCAAGCCAUGGACCCCUCAACGCAGGCGGCAGUGAUGCAGACACGCCGCAAAUUUCUGCGUGAUUCCAGCGGUUCCAAGCUGAUGAUUGGCGUCUGCGACGUCGACGUGAUUUUGGCCUCGGCGUCUCCCGGCUACACCCUUGUGCGUCUUCGCCGCAUUCAAGGUCUAACUAACGAUUUUCAUGAGGCGGUGGCGUACAUCUCCAGCCUGCUCAAGGCGGAGCGAGAGCAGGCCAUGAACGACAUCCUCCCAUGCGGCGAAAGCGAGCUGCUGUGA